AUGGGUCCCUCAAAUAGAUUCAGACAUGGACCUAUAGGGAAAUUACACAAAUUCUUGGCUGUUACUUUGCUCGGAUGGAUACUGAAUGCCAGUAAAUGCUUCUGUGGAAAUCGCUUAUCAAGAAAAUUAGAUGGUGUAUAUCGAUAUUUUAUGGAAGAGAAAAAUCCAAUAUUACAGCUUGUGUACUUGACGUUAUUGACGGCUUCAAUCUAUAUAUUUAAAAUAACCGGAUGGGAAGAAAUUCCCGGGCCUUAUCUUUCUCGAGUGCAUUUAAUUUUAGUACCGUUAGUUAUCCUAUUCACUUAUCUCUCGCUAUUUAUUGCAAGUUGGAGUGAUCCCGGCAGAAUUACGCGGGAAAAUGCGAUUAAAGCCGGUAGAAUGUUUGAAUAUGAUCUCCUUUUGUUUGAACCACACAACGUUUGCAGAACUUGUUUAAUUGAAAAACCCGCUCGCUCAAAACAUUGUUCUUUAUGUGCGUGGAUUAAUAAUUGUGUUGGAUUAAGGAAUCAUCGGUUUUUCAUAAUGUUCCUUUAUGCAACAACGCAAAUUUGCUUUUAUGGCACAUAUAUAAUUGUCUGGAUUUUCUUUGGUAUUGCUAAGGAAAAAAACCUAAGUGCCGCCUAUAUUUACAAUAAUGCAACCGGAAAAAGAGUACCAAUAACUUUCUAUCAAACAGUGUUGUAUUUAAUUCAUCAAGAACGAUUACUUGGGUCACUAGGGGUCUUUGCAUUUCUUGACUUAGAAGAUAUAAUAUUGUCGGGUGAACUUUAUUGUUGUGAAAAAGAAUUGAUUGUCCGUGACGAUGAUAAUAAUAAUGGGAAAAAUAAAAUGGCAAAAAAAAGGAAAAGUAUAAUGAUUUAUUGGUCAGAAACAGCAGAAAAACGAAAAGACAGAUUAGCUAGGAAAGAAUCACCCGCAGGAAGUCAAGUGCGAUCCUUGCAAGAAGUACGAAAUAUUUAUGAUGCAGGAUUUAUAGGAAACUUUAAACAACUGACUUAUAAACGUAGUACACUUACCGGAAUUAUACGUACUGCUGAGGUCAAACAAUCUCAAAGUAUGGGUCCUACUUCAUUGGAUAUGAUCUUGGAGUUUGCCAGGGGACUUGGAUAUACUGAAGUUUCUUCAGCACCCACUUCACAGACUGCAUCUUCACUUAAAUUAAUGGAUCUUUUGGACGAGUUGAUGGCGUUACAAGACAAAAUAAAUGGACUUCAAAAGGAUAUUACAAAAAUUAAAGAUCUUCGAGAAACUUGUGACAUUGUAAACUCAUCAGAAUUAGAGAAAAAAAUUAAAAUUCUUGAAACUUUAAGCAAUCAUAUACAGUCUAUACUUUCCAACAAACAAGUGCUGGUGAUGCGUUUCAAGAAUCCUCAUGUUGGCGAACAUAUAAAUAUCGAGCCGAAAUACCACAAGGAAUUGGCCGAGUUGUUCCCAACAAUUAUACAAAGCAUCGCAUCUUUACCAAAAGAUAUGGAGAAUGCAAAAUGGUUUGAUGAGAAUCAACAAAUUAUUAUUGAUGAGGAGAAACUAAGCAAACAGCUUUCAUCAACUGCCUCGAUUAUUGCAAUGUAUGGUAAUUAUGCAGAUUGUCUUGAUAGAAUUCGAAUGAUUGUCAAGGAGAUGCAAGAAAAGUUUAAAUAA